AUGGCACGGGGCAGCACGCGCCGCGGCGCCCAGCGCGACGACAGCGAGUCCGUCGCGCCUAGCGGGGACGGCGGCGGAACGAACAAGUCUCAAGCGCCACCGCCAUUCCUGACGAAAACGUACGAGCUCGUGGACGACCCGAGCACGGACUCCAUCAUCUCGUGGGCGCCCCAGGGCCGGAGCUUCAUCGUUUGGAAGCCGCCAGAGUUCGCGAGGGACGUCCUGCCGCGCAUGUUCAAGCACAACAACUUCUCCUCCUUCGUCCGGCAGCUCAACACCUAUGGGUUCCGAAAAGUGGAUCCAGACCGGUGGGAGUUCGCCAACACGGCGUUCAUCCGCGGCAGGCGCGAUCUCCUGUUCGAGAUUCACCGCCGGAAGCCGUCCUCGAACCAAGCGAACGCCUCCAACGCCGCCCACGCCUCUGGCGGCAACCAGGCGCACGCCGCGCCGCAGGGCGGCGAGGUCCUCGAGCUCGGGCAGUACGGCGGGAUUCGUUCGGAGCUCGACAGCCUCAAGCGCGACAAGAUGACGCUGGUCCACGAGGUCCACCGGCUGCGGCAACAGCAGCUCGAGACGCAGCGCGUCAUCGACGACAUGCACGGGCGGAUGCUCGCGAGCGAGGAGCGCCAGGCGAAGCUCCUGAUGAUCGUCAACCAGGUCGUGCAGAACCCCCACAUGGUCCAGACGCUCCUGGGCAACGUCCUGGGCAGCCUCGACGGCGGCAUGCAGGGCCGCAAGCGGCGCACGGGGCUCAGCGGGCCGACGGAGGGCACCGAGGCCGACUCCGGGAACCAGAUGAUCGUGCGCGCGGACCCCGGGGAGUUCCUCGCGGGGGCGCUCGAAAAGCUCACCACGGAGGCCACGCAGUCCGUCCAGCAGCACAAGGACGCCAUGGCGUCGCGGACGCUGCGGCAGCAGCAGCCCGCGCAGCCGGGCUUCCACCUGAAGCCGCACGCGGCGCCGGGCGCCACCGCGGGGCCCGUCGAGGUGCCCGACGCGGGGGGGAUGUUGAUUCAGGAGGUCGGCGCGGGGCCGCUGUACCCCGCGACGUACGCCGCGGGGGCGCCGGUGCCGGUGCCGCACACGGCGGUGGGCUUCGACGGCGCGCCGCCCGCGCACGGGUUCCCCCCGCCGCAGCCGCCGGUCUCGCACGCCCCCCCGGGGGGCGCGCCGUUCGGGACGGCUUCGGGAGGGCGCGGCGGGGGCGUGGGCGGCAAGGAGCCCGGGAAGCAGUACUACGAGCAGUCUCCGCAGGUGUCGGGGGGGAAGAAGACCAUCACGGGCCAACAGGCCAUGGACAUGGGUCUGCUGGACGCGUCGGCGCUGCCGCACAUCGAGGACCUGGGGUCGCUGGACUCCGCGCUGGACGAUAUCGACGUCGACGUCUCGGACCUCGAGGCGCUCCUGCGGUCCCCGACCGCGUCCACGGGCCACGCGCCGCACCGGCCCGCGUGA